UGGGUUUGAGAAGGAAAACGACCUCUGUUUUACUUGAUAGAGAAGAACUGUCCCUAUCAAAGGAGAGAACCCCUGUAAUGGCUUUCCUCUUCUGGUUCUCUCUUUAUCUAGUAGGCUUUCUGCACAGAACCCACUUGGCUUCUGCUCAAAAAGAUGAUCGAUCGACAAUGUUGGCUCUCAAGAAGGAGCUUGAAGUACCUAGCUGGGGUGCCAAUGAUUCUGAUUAUUGCUCUUGGAAGGGCGUACAAUGCAGCAGCUCCAACCUGUCUAUGGUAGAAAAGCUUGACCUUUCUCACCAUGAGCUCCGAGGUAAUGUAACUUUAGCCUCUGAGCUCAAAGCAUUAAAGUGGCUUGACCUUUCUUUCAAUAACUUUCUUGGGCCUAUCCCUCCAGCUUUUGGGAAUCUAUCACAGCUCGAGUUUCUUGAUUUAUCUUGGAAUAAGUUCGAGAGCUCAAUUCCCCCAGAUUUGGGUCGUAUUAAAAACCUUAUGUCUUUAAACCUCUCUUAUAACUUGCUUACAGGAAGAAUACCUGAUGAACUUCAGAGUCUAGAAAGUUUACAGAAUUUUCAAAUUUCUGGGAAUAGUUUGAUUGGGUCAAUUCCUUAUUGGGUGGGAAAUUUAUCGAAUUUGAGAGUGUUCUCUGCCUAUGAGAAUGAAUUAGGUGGCACAAUUCCUGAAAAUUUAGGCUCUGCUUCUGACCUUCAGCUGUUGAACCUCCACUCGAACCAGCUUGAAGGACCUAUACCGAAGAGCAUUUUUGCUUCAGGAAAGCUGGAGGUUUUGGUCGUUACCAUGAACAACUUGACUGGGAAUCUUCCUGAAUCAAUCGGGAACUGCACAGGCCUUUCAAAUAUCCGAAUCGGAGACAACAUGCUUAUAGGAAGCAUUCCUAAAUCCAUUGGCAAUAUCAGUAGCCUUGCAUACUUCGAAGCAAAUAACAACGACCUGUCUGGCGAGAUUGUAACCGAGUUCUCUAAAUGUUCUAACCUCACCCUUCUGAAUUUGGCAUCUAAUGGAUUUACAGGAAUAAUUCCUCCAGAGCUUGGAGAGCUUAUGAACCUGCAGGAAUUGAUUGUUUCUGGUAACAGUCUCUUUGGAGAAAUUCCAAAAUCCAUUGGUAGGUGCAGGAACCUUAACAAACUUGAUCUAAGCAACAAUAGAUUCAAUGGCACCAUACCCGAAGACCUCUGCAAUGCACCUAGAUUGCAAUUCCUGCUCCUGAGUCAGAAUUCAAUAAGAGGUGAAAUACCUCAUGCAAUUGGAAAUUGCCUAAAACUGCUUGAGUUGCAAAUGGGCAGUAACUAUCUAACUGGCACUAUCCCUCCUGAGAUCGGUUGGAUCAAGAAUUUGCAGAUAGCGCUCAAUCUGAGCUUCAAUCACCUUUAUGGACCGUUACCCUCUGAACUAGGGAAACUUGACAAGUUGGUUUCAUUAGAUGUCUCUAACAAUCAACUUUCCGGGAGCAUCCCACCUGCACUCAAAGGUAUGGUGAGCUUGAUAGAGGUGAAUUUCUCCAAUAAUCUAUUCAGUGGUCAAGUACCCAUCUUUGGUCCAUUCCAGAAGAGCCCCAAAUCAAGCUUUGCAGGUAAUAAAGGACUCUGUGGAGAGCCACUGAGCUCUUCCUGUGAAAGUUCUUUUGGUUCUGACCAAGGGGGUUACCAUCGCAAAGUUUCAUACAAGAUCAUAUUGGUUGUCUUUGGUUCUGGUUUGGCAGUUUUCAUAUCGGUAACAAUCGUUGUUCUUUUGUUUAUGAUGAGAGAGAAGCAAGAAAAAGCAGCCAAGGCGGCAGAAAUUGCAGAAGAUAGAGCAACUAAUCCACCGGUGAUUACAACAGGCAAUGUCUUUGUAGAGAAUCUCAGGCAGGAAAUAGAUUUUGAUGCUGUUGUAAAAGCAACAUUGAAAGAAUCCAAUAAGCUUACCAUGGGGGCUUUCAGCAUGGUUUACAAGGCAGUUAUGCCUUCUGGUAUGAUUCUAUCAGUGAAGAGAGUGAACUCCAUGGAUGGAACUGUAGUUCAUCACCAGAGCAAGAUGAUUAGAGAACUCGAAAGGCUGGGGAAACUCUACCAUGAUAAUUUGGUGAGGCCCAUUGGGUUUAUAAUCUAUGAAGAUGUUGUUCUCUUGCUACAUGAUUAUUUACCAAAUGGAACGUUGGCCCAGCUUCUUCAUGACUCCACCAUGAAGAUUGAAUAUGAACCAGAUUGGCCUAAAAGACUCUCCAUUGCCAUUGGAGUAGCAGAAGGGUUAGCUUUCCUUCAUCAUGUGGCUACUAUCCAUCUUGAUAUCUCCUCUGGUAACAUACUUUUAGAUGCCAAUUCAAAGCCUUUGGUUGGGGAAAUUGAGAUAUCAAAGCUCCUGGAUCCAUCAAGGGGCACUGCAAGUAUCAGCACAGUGGCCGGUUCAUUUGGCUACAUUCCUCCAGAAUAUGCAUAUACAAUGCAAGUUACAGCACCAGGAAAUGUUUAUAGCUAUGGGGUUGUGCUACUUGAGAUCCUUACAACCCGAUUACCAGUUGAUGAGGCCUUUGGUGAAGGUGUUGAUCUGGUGAAAUGGGUUCAUGGAGCUCCUUCAAGAGGGGAGACCCCAGAGCAGAUACUUGAUGCAAGGCUGAGCACAGUCUCCUUUGCAUGGAGGAGGGAAAUGCUUGCAGUUCUGAAGGUCGCCUUGAUCUGCACUGACAGCACACCGGCAAAACGGCCCAAAAUGAAGAAGGUGGUGGAGAUGCUACAAGAAAUAAAAAGCUGAUGGCAUUUAAUUUUAUUUAAGCUUUCCACCUUUGUGACUCCAUUGUAUUAAGACUCAUAAUUGUGAUUUGUCUGAAGACAAAGCUUCAAUUAUGUGAAUCAAUUCACCAUGGUUAGAUGUCAUCAUCCAUGAAAAGAAGAGGAUCUGAAGGUGGAGGGGAGGCAUUUUUUUUUUCUUGAAGAUAAUCAGAGAAUAUGUCUGCUGGCUUUGGUUAGUCAUUCAGAUUGCCCACCUGCUUGUACUGUGUCAAAGGAGUCCUAGCGAGAUGCCAACAUGUAAUCUUAUCAAAUUGGAAAUACAAUUUGGUGGCGGGCUCAUGUCAGGGGAUCCUCAAAAGAGAGAAAUACCUUAAGUUUCUGUUGAUAUUAUUAGGACUAUAAUUUCAUCAUUGAAGCUGUGGUUUCUAAACAUGUAUGUUGGCAGAAAUGCAAGUCAGCAAUCAGUUGUUUUCUCUU